CAUCGUCGAAUCAAUCCGAUUCAGUUGUCGCUGAAGAACGAACGAAGGAGGAUCCUCGGAAAGAAACGCUGGGGCACACACAAAAUGAGACCGUUGAUUGUGAUUUUGUCUUGCAUCAUAGCAGUAUGCACAUGUGCAGAUGAACUCGUUCAGAACGAGGACCAACCAUUUCGAGGAACUAGAAAUGUUGAAUUCGAUUGGCAACUAACAAAGCAAGUGCUACGAGCGCAAAAAUCCAACGCUGUGAUUUCGCCUUUCUCGGUGAAAAUCCUCCUGGUCCUGUUGUACGAAGCCACUGGCGAUGCUGCCGAACUGUCACAAACGCAAACCAAGAAGGAGCUGCGAUCCGUUCUGGAACCAAGUGGUGAUCUGAACAGAACUCGAACCUUGUAUCGGGAGUGGUUGGAUUCUGCACUGGUACCCAGUAAAGAAUUCGAUUUGGAGAUUGCCACCAAAUUCUUUGUGGAGGAAUACAUCGAUAUCAUCUCGAAGUAUCAGAUCAUUUCAGAUCAUUACUACAGCGCAACGGUCGACAAAGUUCCAUUCUCCAAUCCCAAGGUAGCAGCUGAUACGAUCAAUGGCUGGGUGAACCAGGCUACCCAUGGACGCAUUCCAGAGCUUGUCACUGCUGAUGGCGUUGAAGGAGCAGUCAUCACCUUGGUCAAUGCCAUCUACUUCAAGGGUCUGUGGACCUAUCCGUUCCCCGAAAACGGUCCAAAGUUGACCUUCCAUGGUAGUCAGAAACAAGUUCAGGUCGAUUUCAUGGAACAGAACGGUCAAUUCUACUACGACGACUCUGUUACCCUGAAUGCUCAGUUGCUUCGAUUGUCGUAUCGGGGCGGUAAAUUUGCCAUGUACAUUCUGUUGCCACAUCAAGGAAGCUCGAUCGAUGACGUUCUAAAUCGCGUAACAUCAAGCACAUUGCACACGGCACUUUGGUACAUGGACGAAACCGAUGUCAACGUUACGAUUCCCAAGUUCAAGUUUGAUUUCUCGGAAGAACUGAAUCAACCCCUGCAGGAUAUUGGAAUUCGUGAGAUCUUCUCCCAAAAUGCCUCUCUUCCUCUGUUGGCCCGUGGAAAGGGAACCCGAAAUGAAGUACGAGUGUCGCGAGUCUUCCAGAGGGCCGGUAUUGCCAUAAACGAAAAGGGAAGCGAAGCCUAUGCUGCUACUGAAAUUCAACUGGUGAACAAAUUUGGAGGAGAUGGAACACAGAUCUUCAAUGCCAACCGGCCGUUCUUGUUCUUCAUCGAAGACGAGGACUUUGGAACGCUGCUCUUCAUUGGCCGGGUGGAAGAUCCAACCAAAUGAGAUCCCAACAUCGAAAUAUAAUUUGAAUCGUGAAAUAUGUUCUGGCUGAUUGUAUGUCAUCUGC